AUGGGCGUCAUGGACCUCCCCGGCGGUCGGCGCACCUACGCCCAGGAGAUGGAGUUCCUGGAGCGCGUCACGCCGACGCAGUGGCGCGUGCGCGAGGGCUUCGUUCCCAACAUGCGCGUCCCCGGCGUCUUCUACGUGAACAAGCACCUCGAGACGCUCAUGUUCGACGAGCUCCGUCAGCACGUGGACCGCGGCGACGUCGGCGGCUUCCUCCCCGCGGUCAAGCAGCUCGCCAACGUCGCCUGCCUCCCCGGCAUCGUCAGCAAGAGCAUCGCGCUCCCGGACGUCCACUCCGGGUACGGCUUCGCCAUAGGAAACGUCGCCGCCUUCGACAUGUCCGACCCAAACGCGGUCGUCUCCCCCGGCGGCGUGGGCUUCGACAUCAACUGCGGCGUCAGGGUGGUCCGCACCAACCUGCACGAGCGCGACGUGACGGACAUCAAGGAGAAGCUCGCGCAGUCCCUCUUCGAUCACAUCCCGGUGGGCGUGGGUUCGCAGGGCAUCAUACCCACGUCUCCCGCGGGGCUCGAAGCCGCGCUCGAGAUGGGCAUGGACUGGUCCCUGCGCGAGGGAUACGCGUGGGCGGAGGACAAGGAACACUGCGAGGAGUACGGGCGGAUGCUCAACGCGGAUCCCAACAAGGUGAGCGCGCGGGCGAAGAAGCGGGGGCUGCCGCAGAUGGGCACGCUCGGCGCCGGGAACCACUACGCCGAGAUCCAGGUGGUGGACGAGAUAUUCGACAAGCACGCGGCGGAUAAGAUGGGCAUCGAGCGUUUGGGGCAGGUGAUGGUGAUGAUACACUCGGGGAGCCGCGGGCUCGGGCACCAGGUGGCGACGGACGCGCUGACGGAGAUGGAACGCGCGAUGGCUCGCGACGGGAUCCUCGUCAACGAUCGCCAGCUGGCGUGUGCCAAGAUCUCAUCGCCCGAGGGCCAGAACUACCUCAGCGCCAUGUCGUGCGCGGCGAACUACGCGUGGGUGAACCGGAGCUCGAUGACGUUCCUGUGCAGGCAGGCGUUCGCCAAGAUGUUCGAUCAAACCCCGGACGACCUGGACAUGCACGUCGUGUACGACGUGUCUCACAACAUCGCGAAGAUCGAGGAGCACGUGGUGGACGGCGAGUUGAAGACGCUGCUGGUGCACCGGAAGGGGUCCACGCGCGCGUUCCCGCCGCACCACCCGCUGAUACCGGUGGAUUACCAGUACACCGGCCAGCCCGUGCUCAUCGGGGGCACGAUGGGGACGUGCUCUUACAUCUUGACCGGGACGGAGAAGGGGAUGGAGGAGACGUUUGGUAGCACGUGCCACGGCGCGGGUCGAGCUCGGAGCCGAAACAACUCCCGCAACAAGCUCGAUUACACCGAGGUGCUGGAGAAGCUCAAGACGAAGGGCAUCGCGAUUCGGGUGGCGUCGCCCAAGCUGGUGAUGGAGGAGGCGCCGGAGAGUUACAAGGACGUGACGGAGGUUGUGAACACGUGCCACGACGCGGGGAUAUCAAAGAAGGCUGUCAAGCUCCGACCAAUCGCCGUCGUCAAGGGUUGA